AUGAAAACAUCGCAUAACGGACAUAAGUAUACUACAUAUUUCCUAAAAUCUCCGUUUUUGCUUGGGACCGAGGCUACUCAAACUCUCUCAAGGAAGUAUCUCGCUCUCAAUGGCGUUGUUUCUGUGACAUUCAUUGAAAAAACAAACACUUUUAAAAUUAUUGGGAAUUUCAGAAGUCAAAGAUAUGCAAUCGAAAGUUAUAAGCUGUUUACAAAUUAUUUACGUGAGGCUGUUGAUUUAGCUGAGCAAGACGAAAACUCAAACACGUCCCCAAGGCCAUUAUACUUUCAAACCAAUUGCUUAAAGCUUAAUGCUGGAAACUUUGUUGAACAGUAUUUAGCUUAUAUUGACCGGCUUCAACGAACUAAGAAAAGUCCUCUGCCCGUAGAUCCCGGAAAAGUCACAAAACCAGCUUCGUUGCCUCAAAAAACGUUUGUGCAAAAAUCAUGGUCUCCAAAAAUACUAAAGACUACGGUUAAACAUGUUUUCAUCCGCCCAGAUGGAAAGAAUGUUUUACAGUUACUCGCUGCGGAGGAAAAGGCGGAAUUUAAUUUCCCAGCCGAAGCUGAUAGAGUGGAUUUGAGAACACAAAAUGAGGAAUCUAUGCAAAGACUGUUAGAGAGGAUUGACGAAUUAGAACAGACUUUAGCGGGUAAAAUUGUGUGGCUUUAUGAGUAUAAUCUUUUAUAUCCCGGUCUUAUAAAAAACGCUGAGAUUAAGUUUGUUUCCCUAAAAGUUCAGCAACUGUUUUAUUCGGUAUUUCAAAACGUUUCCCGUCCACUACCUCUUGGAUUUGAUCUUGGUAAAUCUUACACAUUAAGACUUGUCAAAUUCGACGACAAACUGAAGAAACAUCGGCCCUGUAAAAUUAAAGUUAGACCUAUUACUUCUAGCCCAUCAGACGAAAAAGGGUUUCGAAUCUUUCAAUCGUCACAGCCCAAGCCUGAAGUUCUCGUUCCGGCGAAAUCCAUUCUCGAGAGCAAAAAACCCGUUUCAACGAAUCCUGCACCAACCAAAAAGCAAACUAAGUCGCGGCAACAAAAGCAAACAUUCUGUGUUGAAAUACCCCUCAAGCCUCGUAUCAUUAAUCGGAAGAGUACAAUCUUGGGUGAGAAGAAAGUGGAAAAUAGAGCAGUUGGAUUGAAUUCGCAGAAGGCAUCCCUUCAGGCUAAACAACCAAGUUCUGAAAAGCCGCCAAGGAGAUCGUUCCUACCACCAAAACCGCCUAAGGUUGCGGAAAGUCCCGAAGUUGAGGAUGAAGAAUUUGUGCAAAGAAAGGCCACAUCAUACCUUGCUUAUCAAAAAAGUAUUGAAAAAGCGGCCGCUUUGUCUCAGCCUUCUGAGAACGCGACACUCUUGACGCCAAAACCCGUUUCUGUAGACGAUACAGCUCAGCCAAGAACUGCGCCAGUAGCUCGAGUAGGGACACCUAUAAGCUCUCAUGCAAUACGGGAUAGCCCGAUAAAGGAAAACUUUGCUAUGCUGAAAGAACAGGAAGAAAUUGCUUCGGCGACGGACGACUCCAUAAUCGGCGGUUUGGAUGGCAUUUCCUUAAAAGAUUCGCCCAAAAGGCUGAUACAAAAGGCCGUUACUGAUCGUUCACUUAAGUUGUCAUUUAGAAAUUCACCUAACUUCUCCUUGACAUUGCAUAACGCAUGUGACCAACCGAGAGACAUGGAUAAGUAUAUUGAAGAAGUGAAUGAUUGGAAUUUAAAAAAAAUACAUGUUUAUCUCGCAAAAUGUGCUCACCUGCUUCAAUUCUUUAAGGGUGAUAUUGAGUUUGCGGCACAUUUUGGAAAAACGAUUUACACCGGUUUGGAUAGCGCUGUUCAUCAAGGUUAUUAUACCUAUAAGAACCUGAUUAAGUCUUUAGAUUUAAAGCAGGCCGUAUUUUUUGACAGCUUGACAAAACGAGUUGAUGACAUUGACGUUUUUCUGAAUAAACAAGUCGAUAUUAGUGGGCGUAGGGCGCGUGCUCUAAUAAAGUCAGACAACCUAAUCGCGAACACUAGUAUUCGGAUAACUGUUCGGAUACUCGAUGAUAACAAUUCUAAGCGUUCUUUCACUAUUUAUGCAAAUUCUGAAUUGCAAGAUGUGCAUUACCUGGAGAACGUUCAGAUGGUUGGAACCUGUAAUUUGAACGUGGCCCUUACCUUUUGGGAUGCUCAACUGCGCUUCAACACUUACAGGCAAAUAAAAUUGCCCGUACUCGACAGCUUGAUUGAAAGCUUUCGUCUGAAGAAAGGGGACAACGGCAAUCGUAAGCUUACAUUCUCAAUUUCUCCAAAUAUUGUCGUUGAAUCUGUUGAGCGGGUUUGCGAAGUUGCUGUCGCAUUCAAUGAGGAAUUACUUCCUAACAAAACCAACUUUGAACUGAAAGUCAGUAUGGUAGAAGCACUCUCACCGGUCGUCUCUUCUGAAGCAAACGAAACUCAUGUUUUACUCGAUGGAAGUAUCAACACCGUCCGUUAUAAAAUACGCGUUUGCAGCCCUUUUAUGCAAGGCGAGUUUCGCAAAAACAAAACUCUAAAACGAAAGCGAGCCGCCGAUUGGGAAAUUGCUAACGAUUCUUUUUUGGGCGCUGGUUCGCAUUACGGUACAACAGACUUAUACGCGUUAAUUCUCAUUUUGACAAAGCAACUUGAUGGCGUUGGUUGCGCUGAAUUAUGA